ACAAUGGACCAAGUGUGAUCGGCAUUUCUCGUGGAAACGGCGUGUUGGAAAUUCCACGCGCGCGGCUGUUCAGAUCGAGACGAGACGGUACGCAGAAGAGGAGUGCACAGGUCAGUUAUGCCUGAACGUGGAGAAAGAUCGUGACACCGGUGGAAAUCUUACGAGAAUUACGACGAUAAUAAUGUCACGGUUUGUGUUUAGAGGAGAGAGCGACGAGUAUCUCGCAUAAACAAUUCAACGAGGACCUGGUAUAAAGAUAAGAGCAAAUCCAUGCUGUUGUGACUCUUUUUUUCCCCUCUCUCUCUCUCUCUUCGUGUCGUCGCGGCAAACGAAGGAAUACACACGCGAUCGAGAGGACGAAUAAGGAUAACAUUUACCUCGCGGACGAACAGCGGUUGACUCCAGUCGAUCAUGGCCUGGCAACCGCCUAACGAGACCGUCUUCGACACCGGUAAUUACGUUCUGAACGUUCUCUACUAUAUUAACAAGUCGAACGAGUCCCUGAACCCCGAGGCGAUCAAGUGUCUCGAGCGAAAGCACCAGGAGGAGCUGCAUCGGCUCUCCCUUGAUGAGACACAGCAGGAGGAACAACCGGGAUGCGAAAUUAGCUGGGAUUCUUUGCUAUGCUGGCCAAGGACGCCUCCAGGAACGUUGGCCACGCUGCCGUGCUUUGAGGAGCUGAAUGGAAUACUCUACGACAGCACCCAGAACGCGAGUCGUUGGUGCAGCUUCAACGGUACCUGGAGCAGCUAUAGUAACUACAGUUUGUGCCACGACGUCCGCGAACCCUCUAUCGAGGGUGGAGUAGAAGUGAUCUCGACGACUAUUUACUUCGUCGGAUACAGCAUCUCGCUACUCACCCUGAUCGUCGCUGUCUCAAUUUUCCUUUAUUGCAAGGAACUGAGAUGUAUUAGAAACAACAUACACACGAACCUGAUGUUCACUUACAUACUCGCAGAUUCGAUGUGGAUUCUGAAUAACGUGAUGCAGGUCUCCAUGCAACCGGAUGUCCCGACCUGCGUCGCCUUUCUGUCACUCCUGAAUUAUUUCCAGCUGACCAAUUACUUCUGGAUGUUCAUAGAAGGCUUGUAUCUGUUCCUACUGGUCGUGAAGACUUUCACGGGUGAUAACAUCAAGCUGAGGCUGUGCCUCAUUAUAGGCUGGGGUAUGCCGGUUCUCUUUAUCACCAUGUGGGCUAUCGCGAAGUCACUGGAUCAAAGCAUCAUGAGCCAACCGAAACAGGAAGUCGCGUUGGGCAGGCAUUGUCCCUGGAUGGUGUCGCAUCCUUACGACUGGUUCUACCAGGCCCCGGCCAUUUUGGUGCUCUGUAUAAACGUGAUCUUCCUGUUCAUGAUAAUGUGGGUGCUGAUAACGAAGCUUUGGUCCUCUACAAACGCAGAGACGCAGCAAUAUCGAAAGGCGAGCAAGGCGUUGCUGGUACUGAUACCUCUCCUCGGGGUGACUUACGUGCUGGUGCUGAUGGGACCCACGGAGGGUCAGGUUGCUAAUGCAUUCUCCUACACUCGUGCUGUGUUACUUUCUUCGCAGGGCCUGUUCAUUGCGUUGUUUUAUUGUUUCCUGAACACCGAAGUACAAAACACGGUGAAACAUCACAUUGUACGAUGGACCACAGCUCGUGAUCUGGACACAGAAAGAAGAUUGUAUUGCCCUCCAGCGAAUCCGUACAGAAAAAGGGACUCAUCCGUAAGCGAGACGACCACCACAACCGUAAUAGGCUUAAACUCGACCACCACGUUCCUAGAUAAGUCCAAGAAGGCAAUCUCAGAGGAUCUGAACGAAUAAGAACGGUUCUUAGAUCAUUAGUUUUGUCAACAGGCCGAUUAAUAGUAUUACCAAUAAGGAAUAUUAGAUACAACAUAUUUUUCUCUGCUGUUGGAAGAUGU